GACACCGAGCACUGUGAACCAAAUGAGCCUGCCUCUAGGGGUCGAGAUUUUUCUGACUGCAGUCCUUAGUAUUAUCAUCUGUGUAGCCAUCAUUGGUAACUCAAUGGUGUGUUUAGCUAUCUCCAGGUCCAGAACACUACGUUCACAGGUAGCCAAUGUCUUCAUCGUCAAUCUGGCUAUCACAGAUCUUGGGUGUGCAAGCCUGGUGAUGCCUUUCUCGUUGGUGUCUGUUUGGUUCGAUCACUGGGUCUUUGGUGGUUUCCUCUGCGACAUCGCAUGUUUCUUCAAUUACUGCUUCAUCAUCGUCUCCAUGCUUAGCCUCGCCCUUAUCAGUGUCGAUCGCCACAUCUACGUCGUCCAUCCCUUCAGGUACCAAGCCUUGAUGACACACCGUCGCGCCAUCAUGCUCGUCCUUUGCACAUGGUUGGUCGGGUUCAUCUUCGCUGCGGCACCUCCGAUCAUGCGAUGGGUCAUCUUCGAUAACGCCGAGAUCAUCUGCGCUGUCAACUGGGAGAGCGAUCACAGACAGAUCCUAGCGUACACCACAUCUGCCUUUGUCAUAUGCUUCGCAUCUCCGAUAAUGGUGAUGCUCUACUGCUACGUUGGCAUCUACAAAGUGGCAAAGGAACACGCCAAGAGGAUCGCACCACCACAGAUUGUUAGACGCAUCUGCGAGACAGAACCGCCACAAGAAGCAGCAGAGUGCCGAGAACAAUCACCAGAUCUUACAUCAGUCGAGUUGAAUGAACAUGAACCCAACUAUACACAGCAGGAUAUACAAACCAACGGGAAAACGUCCACGUUGGCUUCUCAAAACACAAAGAAGCAGAGUACAUUAAAACCAAAGAGUCAAGGUUUCUAUUCUAAUAAAGCUAUCAGAUCUAUCUUGGCGAUGAUCUUAGCUUACAUCAUCUGUAACACUCCAUUUUCGCUCACCAAACUCAUUAAAGUUAUAAAGAUCAGCAACGAAGCUGUUCCCUUUUAUAUCAACACGGCCGCAUCCUGGUUUGGUUUUAUCAAUCCAUGCUGUAACCCUAUAAUUUACUCCAUACUUAGAGAAGACUUCCGCAAUGCUUUCAUCAGACUUCUACCGAGAACGAUCGGCAAGCGAUUCCAGAAAGAUCCCGAAGGCCAGUCUAUGCGCUCUCAAAUCAUUAGGAACUCACAAAGGUUUGCAACGGGCAUCAGGGCCAACGUCACUGUCAAUAUCAUUAAUCCUAGCCCAUCGAAAAGAUCGUCACCCGCGCUCAUUGAAAAUCCGCUCCAUUACGACGACGACUACAACGAAAAUAUGAAUGUGAACCACGCGAUGGAGGCGACCAUUGACGAUGUCGAUGAUGACCAUCAGACGAGGUACGAACAGAAGAACGACGCCAUCGAGCCUGAUGGUACUAUUGUGAUUAAGAGCGCGCCGCUGGUUACAGGGGAAUCUUCACGAUGCAGCGAUGACGAGGGAUACACUGGCUCACAGAAUACAAGCAACAGACAGUCAGAAGAUUCAUAUGCGUCCUCAUUUUCUUGGAGACGAUCGUCUUUCGUUGAGAUGCAUAAUGCCAAACUUUAUGAUUCAUCUUCGUUAACAACUACCGUAUCAGUAUGAUAACGAUCCUUAGUAUACAGAGUGCAUUAUAUAAUGUGUUUAAUACAUGUACACUUUACUUACAAUUGAUUUGAUUCUUAUCGGUUCGAUACACGACAAAUUUUAGUGUUUCUCUUUUUUUCCACGGAUUGGUGCUCUCCAGUUUUUUUCUAUACAUAAAUAGUAACGAGUCACUAUAAGAUUAACUUAUAUUUCGAUAGAAAUUGUGAGAAAUACCCAUGACGAGGGAGGGGGCCUGAAAAGGUCUCCCCAGAUAAGAUAGGGUUAACGGAGAUGGCGCUUUGCAGUUGUGUUAUGCAGAAUCCCUUUAAUCGGGGACUCCUUGAGAUUCAAACGCCAUUUUGGGGCCAAGAAAUUAUUCUGUUACGAAACUUUUCUAUUCAUGGGCGACAAGAACCUAUGUGUCUGGAAUAGAAUGAAUAUGGACGCCAUUUUGGGCGCCGAACUUGCAGAACUCUCAUGUCGCUACUCUACAUAAAUGGACUCUCGUGUUAUUUACCCUCUGAUGUGUUAAGUGAAACAAGCUAAUGUGCCUUUAAUGAGUUCGAGAAAAGUUGGAAACUAUUUCAUUUCAUUUCAUUUCGUUUAUUUCCAUUUUCAACAAUUACAGUUUAUUUUGUACAUUUUAACAUAUAAAUAACAAAACAUAUUUCAAAUAUCCCUGUACAAAAAUUAUAUUCAAGAUUAUUACAUAUCAGGUUGGAAAUGAAAGAGGCUGCUAAAAAGCGGAGCUUGUAGAGUGCAGCCUUCUAAUAAAUAUUCUUGUAGUUACAUAGCAUAUAAAAAUCAAAAUAACAACUUGAGCAUAAACCAGUUAAAUUAAACAGAAAUAGGGGAAAUC